ACUUCCAUCGAAACCAAUGUAAACUAAUCAAAAGUUGGGAAAUAUUUGCCCGAAUAUGAUCUUUUACUCAAAUAUUGUGGACAUCUAGAACUUAAGAGGAGGCAAAGACUCCACGAUUGAAUAAAUCGAAACACUGCUUAGAAACCACUUCACCGUGAUAGCAUAAAUUGAAAACGAAAUUAUGCCAAAGGACAAUAACAUAUUCAUGGUGAGGGUGCCCCGCGCAGUGGAAGAGCCGAACAAGUUGACACACAGCCCAAUGCCGCCCAAACCAGAGAGAAAAAUAAAAUCAGCACCGCCAAUGAGGUCAAAAUCACCUGUUAAAAAUAAACAUUUGUUUUAUGGAAAAUUUAAACCAGUAAAAGUUAACCGUGACGUAAAGGAUGUGUCGCAACUAGACUUUCGGAACCGAUCUUGGAGCGUAUGUGGGGGUAACGAUACAUAUUGUAACUCGCCAACACUAUAUGGACAUGACAACAAACGAACUGAAAAGCUUUGGAAUAUCCAAGAUGUCGCAUUGACAAAACGAGAAGUUGAGACUGCUUUACCGAGACGAAGUUUCUACAAUUGCCAUGAUUUGACAUUGAAAAGGGCAGGCAUCGAUCCAAAGAAAAUAGAACAGGAUGCCCAAAAGAAAACGGAGGUAAAGACAAAGAAAAAAACAAAGAAGAGAAGAAGGAAAAAAUCAAAACAACUUAAAAUUGCCAAAGCAAGUGAAACUCAAUCUGAAGUUAAUGAAAACAUUGUUAGUGACGAGGCCAUAAACAAACUGUCUCUCCAGUCUACAAACACCCCUGAUACAAAUACCCCUGAUCAACACACAAACGAAGUCUCUGGAGCUAAUAAUAUGAUAAAGACAAUUAAUGAAACACAUGCCAAAGAUUGGAAACACAACAAAUCAUCCGAUAAGGGUGACAACAAUUCAGAUAGCAUUGCUGUGUCAAGGGCAUCGAGUGAACAUGAUCUUAUUUCUAGUCGAAUUGAAAACGAAGCCAACAAAGCAGAUGACAAUAACAUUCAAACAUUGAUGUCAGAGCAAACCGAUAUAACUCCUGUUGAAACAAAAGAAACAACUGAAGAGGAAAAGCCACAGUGUAUCACUACUGAUAAAGACGAUGCAAUUGCUAACGCCAGUAGCGUGAAUGAAUCGAACACUAAUUCAACUGCAGAUUCAAAGGCUACGGAUGUUACACGAGAAAGUAAUAAAGAGCUAGAACUCGUUAUAGCUGAUAUUGUGAAAAAGACCCAGGCAGCCCAAAGAUUAAAAACAGGUAAAACCCGAGAUGUGGAUUUUACAGUAUUACUCAAAUAUCUGCUUGAGGUCAAACGAUGUCCAAUGGAUUAUUGGAGAACAAAACAUAAGCUCAGUGGAAGAAAUAACAGUGGUACGACAGUUGAAACUUACCAAACAGACAUUCCAACCGAAUCCCUUAUUGUUCAAGCAGCGUAUGAAGUAACGCUCAUGUCCCGAAUGCUCAAUCCAGAAACAUUCAGACGGCGUAAAGCGGAGGCAGAGGCGAAGACAAAGUCAGCCAGCGGGGCAACCGUAAAACUAAAAGACAACAGGAUCAACGUUGAUAUUCCAAGUACAGUGAAUCAGGAAUAUAGUUCAAGAGUAGAAAAGUACCGAGCAGAAGUAGAGCAAUGGCUGACGACACUAACAACAAUCCAGAUGACAACGGCACGUGAUAUGGCCCUGAAAGUAAUGGGCGAGAAGGGAAGGUCAGAUAUGAAUGAAAUGAUCCGUAGACGGAAAGCACAAGAUCUAAAAGAACAAUUUACAUCAGUUUUUUAA